CAUGUGCUGGUCAACUCCAGCUGACGAUCUUCCAAUGAAUGGCCCCGCCGGCAAGAUCUUACUGGAUCGCCGCCCAAGCUGAGAUCAAUAGUCUGAGCAGCUGUAAAGCAACAGCACACUAGGAAUAGACAUAAAUAAGCCCACAUUCCCAUUUGCAUCAGACAUCACUCUUCAUUCUACUCAUCCUAUCUCUCUCUCAAAAAAAAAAAAAAAAUCAAACAAAAUGAUAGACGGCACUCAGACCUUGACGGCUUCUCAGCUCGUGCAGGACCAAUAUGUGGUGGUCGACAACCGCCCUGGCCGAAUCCUCCAGAUGGCACUAUCCGGUGACGGGUUGCAGCUUGUGUUGAUUGACAUUUUCACCGGCGUUCAGCUUAACACCACUUUCCACCCAGAUGAUGACGUGGAGGUUCCAAACGUCGAGCAAAAUGAGUAUUCCCUUGUCAAUGUUGACGACGGCAUGCUUAACCUGAUGGCACAAGAUGAAACCCCAAAAGAUGACGUUCCCCUCCCGCAGGGCGAUCUCGGGGUCCAGAUUCAGAGCGACUUCGAGGAUGGGAAAGAUCUCCGUGUUACUGUCAUCUCGGCGCUGGGCGAAGAAGCAGCGGUUUCCGUCAGAGAAUCUUCUUAGGGAUAUUAACUGUCUGGGAUAUUUCACUAUGUGCUUCUUUUCUUCAUGGGUAGUCUAGUACUUUUGCAAUGGUUGUUUAUCUAUAUGAGAGAACAGGCUAGAGCAAGUAGUUACUGUGUCACAUGUCCAAUAAAUGACCAAUUCAACUAUCCAUGACCC